AUGAAUAGUAUUGCAGUUUGUUCUUCAUGCUCACAAUUUAUUCAGACUCAUGUAUUCACUUGUUCUAUAUGCGCUGAUUUCAAAUUAUGUGCCAAUUGUGAAAUUUUGGGUGAACAUUCACAACACGGGCUUCUACGAACUGUUAUUACAAAUAAUAUCAAUGAGAAUGUUUUGAAUUUUAUACCCGUGGAACACGUGGAACGCGACAAUGAUCGAAAUGAAUAUGAAUCAAUUUCCCCGCUGAAUCCGAUGUGCUCAAAUUGUGAUCGAGUUAUCAUAACUCAUAUUUUCAAAUGUACAAUUUGCCCAAACAAUUAUGCGAUUUGUGAUAUUUGUGAGAAUCAAGAAAUUCAUCCAGAUCACCCACUUUUGAGAAUUGUGGAUCGGAAUAAUGUGAAUAUUUGUGAAUUGAUGGACCGUGAUGAAUAUCAGGCUAUGAAUUCAAGUGUGGAGAGAGUUCAGGAGGUGAGAGAAUUUAUUGGCAAGCAGCCAAGUUUUCUGUUCUUAUCAAUGUUAUCAAUUGGUAGAAAACAUUAGAUGACGUCACAAAAUUUAUUUGUAGAGAAAAAUGUUUUCAGUGAUGUUUUUCCAGAAUCUCCCACCGGAACCCAAAAUCACAAUAACCUUCUGCCGCCUCAGUGGCCCACCUCUAUCUCUCGAAGUCUAUCCAUCCGAUCCAAUUUCAUCGAUCCACCCAAAAAUCCUCGAAAACCUUGGCCAACCUCUCUACGCCUAUCGUGUGCUUUUCAAUUCGAGAUCCAUCGAAUUUGGCAACAGUUUCAAUGACUACGGUAUUUCGGAAGGCGCAAUGAUUUGCGGAAUUUUACGAAUGCGUGGAGGCGGAGACGCGCCGGAAGCCUUGGCUCUAAUCAAAUUGGAUUUUGGUGGAUGGCAGCAAAAAUUCAGACAUCUAAUGUAUCGCCGUCAAAAAAUCAGGGCUCGUUGA